AUGGGCGCGGGGAGCACCGCGCCCGAGGAGCACGGCGCCUACGAGGAGACGUUAGGCGACGAUGAGAUGGCCGAGAUCUUCCGGCGUUGGCUCGCGACGCGGAGCAAGCCCGUCACGCCGAUCGGCGGCGUGACCCUGAGAUCGCUGGAUUCGGCGUGGACCGUGUUCCUCGAGCGCUGGAACACGGCGACCGGGGCUGCGUUCGUCCGGAAGCUGGAGGUGCGUGAGGCGACGCAUGCUCAGCUGACGCGGGUGUUGCCCGCGGACCAACACGCUGGAAUGGCUGGACAUCCUCGAAGACACCACAUUGUCGAGGACGGAGCGUGA